GGACCACCUGUGAAGAGAUCUUUGAAUCAUGGUUAUGAUUCCAGGGAUGAUUUUAAUAGUUCUAUUGGAAUCAUAGCUAUGAUUAAUAGAACAAUAAAUCAUGGCUGUGAUUCCAGAGACUAUUUUAAUUGUCCUAUUGGAAUCAUAGCUAUGAUUAAUAGAACAAUGAAUCAUGGUUAUGAUUCCAGAGAUGCUUUUAAUAGUUCUAUUGGAAUCAUAGCUAUGAUUAAUAGAACAAUAAAUCAUGGUUAUGAUUCCAGAGACGAUUUUAAUAGACCUGUUGGAAUCAUAGCUAUGAUUAACAGCACUGUAAAUCAUAGUUAUGAUUUCAGAGAUGAUGUUAAUAGUUCUAUUGGAAUCAUAGCUAUGAUUAACAGCACUGUAGAUCAUAGUUAUGAUUCCAGAGAUGAUGUUAAUAGUUCUAUUGGAAUCAUAGCUAUGAUUAAUAGAACAAUAAAUCAUAGUUAUGAUUCCAGAGAUGAUUUUAAUAGUCCUAUAGAAAUCAUAAUGAUGAUUAUGAUACCAAUGGAAUCAUAUUAUGAUGUUUAG